AUGGUACAGGUCAAGUUGGCGGCGCUCCUCGCCAUCGCGGAGCUGGCUGCUCACGUCUCUGCCAGUGACACGCUCAACAAACCCCCGCUGCUGCCGAACCUAGACAUGCUCUGGGAGGGCCUGGAGAAGAAACUAACUACACCCAAGACAGAAAUCAAGCAGUGGAGGGACAACGUCAUUUCUGAGGACUGCAAGAUCAUGGCCGAGAGAGAGGGUGUCCCACCAAAUAGUAUGAUCCAAUAUGAGGUCAGCUAUGGCGAUUGCAAGAUGCCGUGGCUGCUCUGCGCCGCCAAGGACCACCCCAGCAACAUGAAGGACAUCGCCAAGUUCUUUGGCAUGGUUCCCGCCAAGCUGCGGCAGGCGACAAAGCACGCCGCCUUCUUCAAGCCCAAUACAGCCAAGUCGAAGGCUGGUGCCUACGCCUGGGGCGACCAGCUCGCCUUCAUGAUGGACCCUAAGGGCAUCGGCAUCUUCCUGCACGAGGUCUCGCACACUGCCGACCUCGGUGCCAAGGACUCGCAUUUUGGAAAGGUCCAGGGCGCCUUCACUGACAACAAGAUCUGGACAGACGCCAUACAGAAGGAUCAGGCCAUCUCGGACAAGUACGGCCAAACCAACAAGCACGAGAACCUGGCCCAGUACGCCGGUCUGGUCCUGUACGAUACUCUGGUCGACGGUGGUCUCAAGAAGAUUAUCAAUGACGUCGACAAGAUCAAGAACCAGCUCGACGCCUUCAAGACGGCAACCAAAGAGUGCAGGUGGGGCGGCAACAUGCUCAAGCUCGACCAGACAUGCUCCAAGCGCCCGCCCAACGCCAAGCCCAUCGACCUAGGGGCCAAGCCAGAAGACAAGAAGGAUGAUAAGAAAGACGACAAGCAAGGGAAGGGCAAGGGAAAGAGAAAGUUGCGGUUCCGCCGUGAUGCUCGUUCCAUAUUCUGGCCCAGGGCUUCCGCCUCGGCCGACCAGGUCGAGAAGCGCGAUGAGCCUACCAACUGCGGUCUUUUGUCUGCGUAA